UGGCACAAAUCAACUUCCAACUACUUAAACCGAAAUAACCGCUACAAUAAUAUGUUAAAUCUUGUACUAUAUAUACUCAACCCGUGCCAGAAAUUAACAACUGGAAAAAAAGAAAGAAAAAAAAAACUGAGAAACAAAAAUAUAUACCAAUUAAUUAAUGGCCAUGCCAAUGUCGUCACUGAGUGCAAACGCCAUGACAAUGAAGACAUUGCCUUUGCAAGCCCUCUUGGGGUCAUUCCUGUUCUUUCUUCUUCUACUACCUGACCAUGUCCAUGUCUUUGCUGCUAACCGUGUACUUGUUGGCGACGAGGAGGCGCACGAUAAGGCGGGGCCAAGGUUCAAGCCCAGCCCUUGGAAGCGCGCUCAUGCCACAUUCUAUGAAGGAGGCUCCGGAACCUUUGGUGGAGCUUGUGGUUACCAUGACGUUGUUAAAGAAGGCUAUGGCCUAGAAACCGUAGCGUUAAGCGAUGCAUUGUUUAACAAAGGACAGUCAUGUGGUUCAUGUUUCGAAAUCAAAUGUGUAGACUCGCCUCAAUGGUGCAAACCCGGGCAGCCAGUUCUCGCAGUCACAGCAACAAACCACUGCCCACCAAAUUGGAAUCAGCCUAGUGACAAUGGAGGAUGGUGCAAUCCUCCACGCGAGCAUUUCGACAUAGCCAAGCCUGUCUUCCUCAAUAUUGUUGCCCAGCACAAGGCCGGCAUUGUGCCGGUAGAAUACCGAAGAGUUCCAUGCAAGAAGAAAGGAGGAAUUAGGUUUACAAUAACUGGGAACCCUUAUUUCAAUGAAGUGUUGGUUUGGAAUGUGGCUGGCUCUGGGGAUGUGACGAGUGUGGAAGUGAAGGGUGAGAAGCUUCAAUGGACGCAGCUGGAGCGAAUGUGGGGUCAGAGGUGGGUCACUGGUGCUAAGCUUUCUGGGGAUGCACUGACAUUUAGGGUUGGAGAGAGUGAUGGAAGAACCAUAACCUCUGUGAAUGUUGCCCCCAAGAAUUGGCAGUUUGGCCAGACCUACGAAGGCAAGAACUUCUACUAGCUAGGAAAAGAAACAUUUCAUGAGUUUUAAUGCUUUCGACGGAUGUCAAUGAAGAAAGUUUUGAUGUUUUUUUGCUAUAUUUUCUUUUACAUACAAUACAGUGAAUUCACAGUUUGUUAGUUGUGAAAUUAAAUAAAAAUGAAGAGUAACGAAGACCCGCUUGGUAUCA